AUGCGUGAGCCGCCUUGCAUGCUUAAUUUCACUGCCCACCAGGGAUAUAAUAGCCAGAACAUCACUAGGUGUGAAAUCAAUAUCAAGAGAUAUGGCGGAAUUUCCAAGUCUCUAUAUAAGUGCACCAAAUGUGAGUGGCAGUUGUAUGUCAAAUAUGUUGUCUACGAUUCCGGACUCCCAAGCAAUCAAACUGGAAAGCGUGUCCCAAAGGUCAACACGAUAAGCUCGUCGGCAGUGCAGAAUCAACUCGAAAAUGGCACCGAAAAGCCUCUGGCAGCCAACAAUGACCUGGAACAAAACCCGACAUCGGUCAUUUCUAAUGGUGUGAAACUGACACCAGAUGAGCAUGUGGAACUGGUACCGCAGCCUUCUGAAAGCCCCGAUGACCCUCUGAAAUGGCCAUCUGCCAAGAAGAACCUGAUAUUGGGAGUGGUCAUUGCAUGUUCGUUUCUGCCAGACUACGGCAGCGUGACUGGUGCUGCGACACUUGCAGCCCAAGCAGAAGAAUAUGGAAUCACACCCGACGUUGUGAACCACUCGCAGUCAGGAAAUCAGUUCAUGGUUGGCGAUGGAGGUGUUGUGGCCGUCAUGCUCUCUGCAUACUUUGGCCGUCUUCUUGUGCUGUUCUGGUUCAUGCUCGCUGCUUUUGUCACAUCCAUUGCCGACGUAGCCACCCGUGGCUUUAUGGGAUUCUUCGUACCACGCGUCAUGAAUGGGUUUUUCGCGGGAGCUGCUCAAGGCGGCGGCCUCAUGUUUAUCAAGGAUCUAUUAUUUUUUCACAGGCAGGCAAGCAAAACCAACCUGUGGCAGUCUUGCGUGAUUCUCUCGCCCUUCUUGGGUCCUCUACUGGCGUCCUUCAUGUCCAUCAGUCUAUCAUGGAGGUGGCCGUUUUGGAUUUACUCCAUCUUGACGGGAGUUGCCUUGAUAGGUGUAAUUCUAUUUGGUGAAGAAACGUAUUAUAAUCGAGACAUUCCCACUGACAUGCAACCCGUCCGACAACCUCGGUGGCUACGCUUAGUUGGCGUUGAACAGUGGCAUUCGCGAAAAUAUCGUAAUUCGUUUUCAGAGGCUGUUAUGAGAUCUUUCAAAGUUCUAACAAGGCCUGUGGUUCUCCUGGCUAAUUUUUACUACGUUUGCGUCUUCGCCUGGCUCGUUGCGAUCAACGCCACGCUUCCUAUAUUUCUGACCAGCUUAUAUGGUUUUGGGCCGAAACAGAUUGUGUUCAUGUUCUUUGCCCCGAUCGUAGCUGCAGUCCUCGCCUACACAAUAGGUCACUGGCUACAUGACAUGCUGGCUCGGUUUCAUAUGCGGCGCAACGAGGGUCAAUUCGCUCCUGAAUCUCGGCUGCUCAUUACCUGGCUUGCCAUACCCUUAUGCUUGCAGGCCUGGUCCUCGAAGCGCAAGGAGCACAGCAUCAGGCGCCUGCCUUCUCUCGGGAGUCGCGCAAACUCGACAACCUCGACAGCCUCGACCAAGCAGUUUCAUUUCGUUCAUGAAGGAGAAAACGGUCCUCCUGGAGAGGACAGUGGCAGCAUCGUUGUUCGAAACGCCAUCAUGAGGCCUGUUGACAUGCUUCCGCGGCCAGAUGCACGGCGGCCAACUCCAACUAAAGCAGGUCCAAGGUCUGAUGCCACCGGUGCCACCACAGUCCUUGAGCCAGUUCACCCAAGCACUUCGUCGCCAACUGACGUGGUGCUCUUUCGGACUGGUGUUGCUCCAGAGUACGUCCCGCAGCCACGCGCUCAGGAUAUUGUGACUCCCAGGAUAGUCGAUGUGGAUCGCGAGGAAGCUACAAUAGACCUGAAGAAUAUCAACUGGGAGCACCACGGCCCCGGAUCCUGGCUCUCCAUAUGCUCCGAGCCGGGCAUACGAUGGGUCUCUGUAAAGACAAAAUCAUCUGGGUUUGGCGAUGUUGCUCGAGGUCUAACAGCUGACUGGACCAAACAUCUCAGCCUCUCUCAGUGUCCGAUCCAAAAAGCUGGCCCAGAGCCAGACUUUGACGAGGCUUGGCAAUACGCAACAGGUGCAUCCCAUAUAUUUGGUGUUGUAUAUCGGCCACAAUUUGAACAUCACUUGCGUCGCCACUAUCAAGGGCUGGACACCCAAGAUGACGACGCUGCCUCGUACGCGAUGCGAAAUGCCGUGUACGCAGUAGGCUGUCGGGCCUCUGCAGCGAGGGACGGGACCAAAGACUUCAUGGAGAUCCGAAAACAGUCUUUGCAAUUCUUUUUGAACGCUUUGUCUGUUUACACCAAUUUGAUUUUCAUGCCAACUGGCCUCGGCGCUGUUCGGGCAUUGAUGGCCAUGACUUCAUACGCAGAGCUUCUGGGAAGUCCAGCUGUCGAGUACAUGUUGUGUGCGGCCGCGGUUCGACUCGCACAAUCCAGGGGCCUGCACAGGCAGCCAUCAAAAGCCUGGAACCUACCCGACGAUGAAGUUUUGCAUCGCAAUUGGACCUUUUGGGCUUUGUAUUGCUACGACAAAUACCUGGCUAUGCGCUGCGGUCGUCCCUCUAUGCUGGACGAUGAAGACAUUAGUUGUGAAAUUCCCAUCAGCAUCCCAGCUGGUAGCACUCUUGACAUAUCCAUAUGCACCGCUUACAUCAGACACGCUCAAAUUUGCUCUCAGAUGAUGAAACGCCUAUUAUCUCCCCAGUCGCUCAACCAAUCUGCAGACGAUCUGCUUCGAGAAAUCGAGGAGUUUGAAACCAAGCUCACGGAGCGGCGACUCUGUCUCCCAGAUCAUCUGUCGUUGGAUGCCGAUGCCCUAUUGCAUCUUACCGGCCCUCACCGAGUCAAAGCAAACAUGUCAACGGAAUAUAGCCUUCUGCACAGAGCCUACCAUGGCAGCGUGAUUGCCUUGCACGCCAACUUCCACUACCCGUGGAUCAGCUCAGGAAUACUCAACGUCGAUGUGAAUAACAAUGCGCUCCGCGAUCCCGUCAUGCAAAACUCGAGCCGUGUUGCAGAGGCAGCCCGCCAAAUUCUCGCAUCACUCAAACACUGGGCGCCCGAUAUUGGAUCACCACAACCGCAACCCAUGCUUGCCAUUAUCAACCUCUUCAUUUAUAUUCUGAAUCACCCCGCACAGGCCACCACGACAUCUGACCUGUCUUUUCUGGACAUUGGUUCCGGUCACUUUGGGCACAUUCACCAAUUGACAUCGUCACAAGUCUCGUUUCGGUUUCCCCGGGAAGCUGUUGCCUUGGCUGGCAGGGCCAUGAAAAGGGCCAGUGCCCAGAUGCAUGUCCCUACAAGAGAAACCACCCACGCGAAUAGUCCUGCAGACACCUGCACCGCGAUACCCGAGGAUCCAUUUUUGGGCAUGGAUAUUAGCCCCGAAGCUUGGACUGCCCUGUCCGCAGACUUUUUUGAAAACUUUAACGCUGCGGGAGAUAUGAUUGUGCUCUAA